AUGAAAUAUAUUAAAUUAAUUUUUAUUAUAAUCUGUUUUUAUAUAAAUUAUCAAAGUAUUAGUUCUCUUGGAAAUCAAGUAUCCAUAAAUGAAGCUCUUGUUGCUAUAGUAAUUGGUGAAAAAGUUCAACUAACAACUUUGUUUUAUAAUGAAACACUCCCUUUAUUAAAAAAUUUAAAAAAAUUAGAAAUUUCAAACCAAGAACAUCCUUUCCCAGAUAAAUUUAAUAUCCCAGAUAAAUUGUCAGGAGUUCAAUUUAAUUCAAUUUUUGUACCAUUAAGUUCAAUUUGGUUUUAG